AUCAGUUCUUCACAACAGAAGUCCAGAGAAGAAGAAGAAGAAGAAGAAAGAAGUCUUGAAUAACAACAAGAAGUAGAAGAAGAACUAAAACCGAAAAACACUGAACAGAAUGCGAGUUCUGCUCUUUGCGCUCUUCGUGGCCGUCGCUUCAGCCGCUCUGACGACGCGCCAAUCGAUUCGUUUGAAUUCCGGCCAAACCUAUGUCUACGACUACUCCUCUCGACUGUUGUCCGGAAUUCCCGGCGUUGGCGACCAAUUUGCCGGUCUUGAGAUAACUUCGCAGAUUGUGAUGCAAUCUCAAGGACAGGACGGUUUGGUUAAUAUGAAACUCGUGAACAUCCAAAUCGGCAAACAUAACGGUCCCAUUGGUCACGAGGCUCAGCCCCAGAUGGAGCACCAAAUGGCCCAACAGUUGGCCCGAGAGUUGCAGAAACCGAUUCGUUUUGUUUAUACCGACGGCAAAGUCAAGGCCUUCGAAACCGACGAAUCAGAGCCCGAGUGGUCGGUCAAUAUGAAGAAAGCCGUUCUUUCGCUUUUCAACGUCAAUCUCAACCCGAAAAAGAUCAUCAAAUCGCCGACCAAUAACCAGAUCUUCCGUCCCGAUGCCGCCGCCGAUCUGACCGUCUAUCCGGUCUAUGAGGACGGAAUCGGCGGUCUUUGCGAAACCGUUUAUGAGUUGAAUCACAUUCCGUACGAAAAGACGGGAAAUAAUGACUAUUCGGACAACAAUUUCGUAUUGAAUGUCACGAAAACCCGAAAUUACGACAACUGUCUGACCGAACCCAUCAUUGUUAACGACAACUACGACGUUCGCGGCUGUCCUUGGGUUUGCCGUAAAGACAAAUCCGGACCCGCAGUUCCCGGUUAUUAUCCGACUCCCGACGCCGUCACCGAUCCCUAUAUGUCGGGAUGUCCGUGCGGUCAGGAACCGCAUGAAUCGCCGGUCGAUGCCUUCGCUCUAUUCAAAUACAACAUUUCGCUGGUUUCGGGACAUCCGGUCAUUGAAUCGGUUUUCGCCGAUUCGAAGAUCGCUUACAAAACAAAUGGCGACGAAUUAGUGAUUAUUACUCAACAAAACCUCACAUUAUCUGCCGCUGGAUCCGCUCAGGUGUCCAUCCAAUCGAUUCCACGACCGGUUCGUCAUCAGGAACUGUCGUUCCGUUUGCCGAAACCCUAUCAACACCAACAACAACAACAGUCGGGUGUUGUCGGACAUCAACCGCUAGAUAUUCCCUACUAUUACAUCUUCGGUCAACCGAAUACCGAAGAAUUGCAUCAAUUGAUCCCUCAAUUGAUUGAAUCGAUUGCCGAUGAUAUCGUUUCGGGAGAUUUGGCCGCCAGUAAGGAAUCGCUUCAGAAAACCGUCCAAAUUGUGAACGCAAUGGCCGUUUUGGAUCAGUUAUCUCUCGUCCAACUGUUCGAACAAGUGGCCGAAUCUGGCCGUCAGUUGCGAUCGAAUCAGAAACAACAAGUUCAACGCAAACUAUUUUUGGACAGUCUUCCGCUUUGCGGAUCAAAUUCUGCAGCUUUGUUCAUCAAACAGUUGAUUUUGGCCGACAAGAUCUCGACCUCGGAAGCCAAGGAACUGAUAGAAGCCGUUCCCCAGAAUCUGUUCCUCAUCGACACCGCCACUAUUGACGCCUAUUUAGAACUGUUUGAAUCGCAGAAAGUCCAACACCGCCGACACUUGGCCUCUUCCACUGGAAUAGCUUUCGGUAAAAUGGUCAAAGAAGCGUGUGUCAAACGCCAGACAACUCCCGGCGAUAUUCCCGACGGAAAUCCAGUUCCCCAUCAGAUUCGUGGACAACAAGCCCAACAAAUAGUCGCCACUUCUCAGUCGACCAAAAGAGUGACGAUUCAGUCGCCGAUCAGUCAAUCGAUUUCCCAACGAAUGAAACGUUCGGUUAAUUCCGCGGACAAUGAUUGGUCGCAACAAUUCCCGCAAACCGUUUGUUCGGCUCAAGACCUCAACAAAUACGUCCAGAUUAUCGGCCGAUUGUUGGACAAUGCCAACACUUUCCACCAGAAAGUCACACUAAUCGAAACAUUGGCUCAUAUGGGCGUUCCUCAAGUCCUGCCGAUUCUCGAACCGUAUAUUUCGGGUAAAAUCUCUUCAGCGAAAUGUCCCGGUUAUCCCAUAGAAAAGAAAUCACUUCAGGACGAAGAAUGCGCUUUCAUCCGACAAGUGGCCAUCUAUGCCGUCUCCCAUGUGACCGACUAUUUCCCCAAACAAGUCCUCCCAUUGGUUCUACCCGUCUAUUUCGAUCCCUCCGAACCCUAUGCCGUCCGAAUCGCCGCCUUCUCGAACAUCCUGUCCUCUGCCACUGAUAAAUCAGUUUACGAACGAAUUGCUAGUGAACUGCAUCGGGAGUCCAACCGACAGAUCCGAUCGUUUGUCUAUUCGGCUCUUCAAACAGUCGGCAAUUCCAGUCAACCGUGUCUUCAGAAAUCGGCUCAAUUCGCUCAACAAGCCUAUCAACAUCUGCCCGAAGCCGAUUACGGUAUGCAAUACUCGAAAAUGAUGGGACACGGAUUCUACGACGACCAGAAAGACUACGGUCUCUAUUCGGUUGCCGAAUGGGUGGCCAACAACAACUCGCGUGUUCCCCGAGCCGGAUAUCUGGCCGUUGGUCAGUCUUCGGGUCCAUUUCAAGACGAUUUGAUUCAAUUUGGAUUCAAUUCGAAAGGAAUGGAAUCAAUUGUCGAACGAGUUCUCGAACCGAACGGACUGUUGGCCGAUAUGUUCGAAGGAUUGAAUGCCAAAGGAAAAGACCGAAGAAUAACCAAACGAAACGCCGAUUCCGUCGGACAGGCGUUGGAAGCGUUGAAAUCGAAAUUGAAACUCGAAAUGCGUUCGGAUAACGAACCCAAAGCCACCGUCUUCUUCAAAGUGUUGGACAGGACAGCCUAUUACGCUCUGGACAAACAUUACAUCCAUUCCCUCAUUGACUCGAUGGAAGAUCAGCUCAAAGACGCCGCUCAAUGGCUAAUGCAAGGACUGGACUAUCAUUACGUCAAACUAGUUAUGCCUCAACAGCUCUACAAAGUGUUGCCGUCGGAAAUCGGUUUACCAGUCGUUGUCUCCCACAGACAUCCGAUGAUCAUUUCACUGAAGAUUGACCAAGCUAAACUCCAAUUGGAAACCGCACCCAAAACCGUCUACCCGACCGGUGUCAACCUGACCGCCCAAAUCCAACCCUCGGUCUACUAUUCGAGCUAUGCUUUCGCUUUUGCCGUCAAUCCGGCUGAUCGAACCGCUUACGGAGCUCAUGUCGAAAAGACAACUCAAAUGACAUUCCCGGUCGAAAUAUCUGCCGGUUAUUCGCGACCCAAGAAUCUGGUCACCUGGUCUGUGAUCCCGAAAACCCAACAACAAGAGAUCGUCUAUCACAAGACCCAAGCGAAGACAUUCAUCGCCAAAACAGCCAUCGCAUCGGCACCGGACAGAGAUUGGCUUCAAGACGCCAAAGAUGUCAAACAAAUGGCCGCUCCGUUCAAACACGACUCGACUUACGGCCAGGAAGAGCUCGGUCUGGGAGUUCGGGUUCAAAUGAAUACCGAAAAUCCGUGGGAAACACAACCCUUGUACUCCACCCAUACCUACAAACAACACGGCUUUGUCGCCGCCGCUAUCCAACAAUGGCGUAAUCCGGGAUUGGCUGCACGCGAAGUACACGUCACUCUCGAAUCAGAUGCCGAAGAACCCAUCAGUGGUUACGACUUUACAAUGCGUUACAAAUGGAUCGCCGACUCCGAACACGACAAAGACGCCGACGAUUCAGACGAAUCUUCUGCUUCUUCCGAAUCAGAUUCCGACGACUCGGAUGACUCUUCGUCUUCGAAAUCAUCUGAAUCCAAAUCUUCGGCUUCCGAUGAAUCAAAAUCAUCGAAAUCAUCGAAAUCUUCCAAAUCUUCGGAGGAAUCGAAUGAAUCGAAACAAUUGAAGAAAAGAAUUCGUCAAAGAAUGUCAAAAGCAGUCGAAAGUCAACAAAGAAACCGAAGAUCCGCUCAAAAGGAAUCUCACGAGUCGUCCGACGAAUCGUCCAACGAAUCCGGAGAUCUCUCGUUCUCGAAGUCCGGAUCCAAAGAGUCGUCUCAAUCGUCAUCUUCAGAGUCGGCUUCUUCGGAGGAAAAACGAAAAAACAAAUCCAAGAACUCGUCGUCCAAUAAAUCCAACUCAAAAUCUGCUCAAUCUUCUGAAUCUUCGUCGUCUUCUUCAUCAGAAUCCGAUGAAUCAGUUUCAAUGGAAGACAAGGUUUUCGGUUACGAAUCGGUAAUGAAAUUGAUUUUCGGACAAGACUUCAAAAGACAUCAAAUCAAACGAUUGGCCAAACAAUUGAUCCGAAAAACGGCUAAUAUUUGGUCGAAACAAUGGGACGAAGACAACGACUCGUCGUCUUCGGAUGAAUCAAAUGAAAACGAAUUGCAUUCGGAUUUGGUUCCCGCGACCAUUGCCCACGACUUUGUCUUUACGGCCGUAGCCCGCGGACCCCGUCCAACCUUCUACGCCGCCAACGUUCUGUACGUUCAUACCUACGAUCACCGAAUCGUUUGGAUCAAAACCGACGGACACAUAAAGACACCGAAAGGCGUUUACAUGACUGUCCCGACACUGUUCUGCGCCGACGCUGUGGUCGCCUACCCGACCCUACCGAACGAGUUCUACUACGAACCGACUCAACUCCAGUCACAGAAAGCCCGACUCCAGGCUCACGCCGGUUGGGGUGAACAAUGCCAUAGUGAAGGAGCCGUUAUUGUUACCGGUGUUUUCGAAUCGACCGAAGAUCGGGUAAUCACUGCCCAGGAUCUGGCCGUUCAGGACGGAUCGUCGGCUGCCAAUGUCCAGAACUGGUACUACAGACAGUGCGCUAUCGAUCGGGCCUCAGGUCAACCCCAAUCAUACGCUUGCGAACGAUCUUUGAUCGAAGAUUCGUAUUUCAAUCAAAUGAUUGUCGAUAUUAAGUACAAAAAUGUCGGAAAACAGUUGAAAAACUUGACAUCAAAAGCAGCGAUGGCUCUGAAAGUCGCUUUGUAUGAACAUUUGGACAUCGAUUCCACGGCUGAUAAUCAAAACAAUCAGAUCCGAAUCACGGCUCAGUACUCGUCCCGAAUUCCCGACAUUCAGUUGGCCAAUGUUGAGAUCAAAUCGCCGGAAGAAACCAUAAGAUUUGAACGCAUUUCCACACCAUAUGUCCGACCCGUUAGCGCUUUGUUGCCAACUUUGGAAGUUUUCGGUAAUUUGAUUACCGGUUACGAUGCCCGCGACAAAUGUCAACUAAUGGAAGAUUAUGUCCGAACCUUCGACAACGUCACGUUCCAAAUGCCCGAAAGUCCGUGUCAGUACUUGUUGGCCAAAGAUUGUUCGCCGAAAGAACGGUUCGCUGUUUUCUCGCAACAACUCAACCCCCAGACUAAGACCAAGACUUUGUCGGUAAUCUUGAGCGGCGGUCAAGACAUCAAACUUCUUCCACCGCAACAACAAGACGUCGCCCAAGUAGUCAUCGCCGGUCAUACUCACGAACUGACUGCUCGUAAACCGAUAACUCUGAGUCAAGACGAAUACGAAGUCCGUAUAUAUCUUCGUCACACACCAUCCGACGCCCAAAACCCGAUAGUUGUCGUCGAAUCGGAUUUAGUCGGUCUUCGAGUGAAAUACGACGGAAAGAACGCCAAAAUCGAAAUCGAUUCCCAAUAUUCGGGCAAAACAUGCGGUCUUUGCGGCGAUAAUAACGACGAAUCCGACGAAGAAUUUCUUGGACCAGAUUUCUGUGAAUACGAUUUUGCCGAAGAUUUCGCCAAUUCGUAUGCAUUGAGUGGACAACACUGCGAACAGGCUUUCAAACCAAAAGGUCCCAAACGGUGUCCAAACAAAUCCGAUGACUCGUCUUCUUCGUCUGAAGAGUCCAUCGAAGCCAAAGUGAUUGCACCCAAUGGACAGAUUGCCGGAACAGCAACCGGCGGUUCGCAAGUCGUGGCAGCUCAGGCUCAGGCCGAAGAACUCGGUCGUCAACAACAACAACAAAUCGAGAAUCAGAUGACCAGACAACAAGACGGCCAACAGUUGACACCCGAACAGAAACAAGCAAUGAUCGGUCAAACACAACAACAACAACAACUGAUCCAACGAUUGAGAACUCAAUACAUCGAACGGGACGACAUGAUCUGUUUCACGACCCGACCCGUCCUCGGCUGUGUCCCGAACUAUGGCCGUCCGUCGGCUCUGAAGUCCGUAAAACUGGACUUUCAUUGUCUACAGAAACAGUCGCCGUUCACUCAACAGCUGAUCCACGAUUCGGCCACUAAAGUCCUGAAACAAUUGCAGAACAAACGAGUCGAUCUCCGACAAGUCAUGGACGUCCCCGUGUCGUGUGUGGCCGCCGCCUAAACCCCCGAUUAAUUCCCGAUUAACCGAUUGAUUAUAAAUAUAAAUAUUUUUGUUAAUAACGCUCUUAUCUCUCAAUAAUUUAAAUAAAAACAGCAUUUAAU